AUGUCUAUGCCAAGUAAAGAUUUAGAUGAAUUAGAGAAAUUAUUUUGUGCUCUUGAUGAAAAAAAAACAGGAAGAGACCAAGAAAUAAAUUAUAGUGAAUUCUUAGCGGCAACAUUUCAGACACAAGUUGCUCUUAGUCAAUCUCUUAUUAGAGAGGCAUUUGAGAGGUUAGAUGUAGACCAGAGUGGAGAAAUAAGUUUAGAUAAUCUUCGUCAUAUAUUAGGUGAUUCUUAUGGUGGUGUAUUAGCAGAAGAAAUUCUUCAGCAAUGUGAUAUAAAAAAGAAUGGUGUUAUUGAUUUCGAGGAGUUUAUGGUAGCAUUAACCGGUGCAGUGACAUUUGAUAGAGAAAGAGGAAAUUCUUUCCUACAAAAAUUACCAAGAAAAGAACAAUCAGAAGUAUUAUCUAGAGUUCAAAGAAACCUUUCCGACCUUGCAGACGUGAGGGAGAAAUCUCUUGCCUCUAACCCGCCGCAACAGCAACAGCAGCAACAGCAGCAGCAACAGCAGCAACAGCAGCAGCAGCAACAGCAGCAACAGCAGCAGCAGCAGCAGCAGCAGGAAAAGCAGCAGCAAAGUUACGGCGAGGAGAAAGCCGAAGCAGCAACAGCAGCAGUAACAGAAACAGCAGCAGAGACAGCAGCAGAAACCGUGGCAGUAGAGACAGCAGCAGCAGAAACUGCAGCAGCAGCAACAACAGCAGCAGCAACAACUGCAGCAGCAACUGCAGCAGCAGAAGCAACAUCAGCAGCAGAGAGUUCAACCGCAGACAAAUCACCAGCAGCAGAAACAGCAGCAGCAGCAGAACGCCCAACACCAGAAACCGCAGCAGCAGCAGCAGAAAAUGCUGCUGCUGCUGCUGCAGCAGCAGCAGCAGCAGGGCAACCUGCAGCACCGAACACAGCAGCAACUGCUGCAGAUCCUGUAGCGGAAGCAGAAGCAGCAGCAGCAGCAGAGCCUGCUGCACCAACCUAG